AUGCUGGCGACGGCGGGCACGCCCGCGACCGUGGCAGCAGCGGACGAGAAGUGGCCGCCGCUUCUUCCGGAGUCCGUCCUCCGAGGUUUGGCGUACGGCAUGGUGAAUGGUAUCCUCGUGCCGCCGGUAAUGGCGAGCUUUGCCGCGAUGAUAUUUAGGGAUCCGGCGUUUACGCCCCAUCUUCCCAAGCUAGUGAAAUUGGUCGUGUUUAGCGCCGCCGUUCACAUGGCCUGCUUCGGGACCCUGUCCAGGCUAAAGUUCGCCGUUGGGGCGGUUCAGGACGCCGGUCUGGUAUUUCUGUCUGCAAUCUCCUCGGCGGUGGUAGCCUUUUCUAAAGAGCAAGGAGUGGAUGAGGCUGGUAUGCUCAGCACCUCUUGUUUCGUGUUGUGCACGUGCACCGGUCUUCUUGGCUUGGCCCUCGUCGUCCUCGGGGGGCUGAAGCUGGCCAGCGUGGUGCAGUACCUUCCAAUGCCCGUCAUCGGCGGCUACUUGGCCUACAUCGGUUGGUUCUGCGGCGAGGCGGGCUUGGCGUUCGCGUCCGGGCUGGAGAUCAACGGCAUUGGAGACUUUGGCGUCCUGGCCAGCCGAGAGGCGCUCCUGCUAGUGCUGCCCGCGGUUCUGGGCGGCUUGGUGAUGUACCUCUCCCUCCGGCGAUUUUCCUCUCCGACCACGCUGCCGCUGCUCAUGACCGCGUUCCUGGGAACGUUCUUCGCGUUCCUUCGGGUCACGGGAACGACUCUCGAGGAGGCGAGAGCUGCCGGGUGGGUGAGCCCAGCGUCCCCGAUGCUCCCCCUCAAUCACGCCUGGGACUACUUUUCCUUCGCCGACAUCCAUUGGGGAGCGUUCGUGAGGAUUGUGCCCAAGCUAUUGGCCAUGAUCGUGGUCGUUGCGUUCUCCAGCUGCUUGGAUGUCGCCGCCAUAGAGAUAGAGAUGGCCAAGCCGCUGGAUUUCAACGGGGAGCUGCAGACGGUGGGGUGGUCCAACGUCAUCUCGGGACUGUUCGGCGGCUUCACGGGCAGCUACAUCUUCAGUCAGACCAUCUUUAACCUGCGGGCUGGCGUCGACACCCGGGUGGCGAGCGCGACAUCGUUCGUCAUGCUCGUCGGCGUGGCGGCAUCGCCCGCCAGCGUCAUCAGCUUCCCGCCCAGGUGCUUCUUCGGCGCCCUGCUGGUUCUCAUCGCGGUCGACCUCAUGGUCGAGUGGCUGUGGCAGGCCAGGGUGAGGAUGAUGCCAGCCGAGUACCUGGUGUGCCUGGCGACGUACGGCUCGAUCCAGGCCUGGGGCGUGGAGAAGGGUUUGGUCGUCGGGCUCGUACUCGCCGCGCUCGGCUUCACCGUCACGUACGCGCAGGUUCCCGCGGUGAUGAAGACACGUGUGAAGGCGAGCACCGUCAUGCGGACGUUCGAGGAGCGCGUGAUCCUCAAGGCCCACCAGGAGCAGACGGUGGUCCUCGAGCUACAGGGCUACAUCUUUUUCGGCUCCGCGGUGCAAAUCUUGUCUGACGUUAAGGACGGCAUCGUGUGGGGCACCGACCUACCCGCGACCCCCAACGCCGGGGCUCCCGCCACCGGCAUCUUCGGCAACGUCUACGACGACAGCAACCAUUCCACCAGAAGUGUCGGGCACCCGCCGCCGCCGCCGCCGCAGCAGCAGCAGCAGCAGCAGACGUACCUGAAAGCCGCUGCGCAUGUCAAGCCCAGCGGCGAAGGGACCACUGCUGUGGGUGCCAUGAGCCCCUGCGGGGACAUCUUGAGCCCGGUGUUCAAUAGAUCCGGAGCGGUCUACCGAUCAUCCUCGGCAACAGCGGCGGUGGCUGCGCCCUCGUCGGUACUGCCCGGGCCCUCCCCCAUGUCGACAUCCUCACAGCAGCAGGGGGGGGCUUCUCCUCAAGGAAGAUCAUCACCCCUAGCUCAGUCGCUGGCGAGAACAAGGUCAGCCGGGGGCACGACGACGACGACGAGCACAGGGGUCUACGGGGCCGACGGCGGCCGGGGUCGACUCUUCCACAGAGCCGGCGGCCUGUUGCCAGGCGCGAGCGAGCAUCAGCAGGCGGAGCAGGAGCCGCUGGCUGUGCUCGCAAAUGCCAGCAGCAGACAUGACGGUGGUAGUGGCGGGGCUAACUUCUCGGUCCCCACAAGAGAAACGACUGGCUAUGGGGCGAUGGAGGAAGGCGGGGCCGGCGGAGACGGGGGCGCCGGCAGCAACGGUGGAGCGACGGCGACGGCGGGGGUGCGCGUGCGACGCCUGCGCGGGGCCAGUCUUGGGGAGGAGCCUAGGGUCGGAGAGGGUGCCGUGCAGGAAUACAUGUCGCCCUGGGCAAACGGCGGCGGGUCGUUUGUCGACUGCCCAGGCCUUACCGGCAGAACGGGCGGCGGCGACAGCAGCCCCAGUUUCUCCGGCCGCGGGGCCCGGUCUCCCUCGGUGGCGUCUCUCCUACCGGCCUCCGAAGAGCGAACCCGGCGCGUCAUAUUGGAUUUCUCGAAUGUCGUUGGCGUUGAUGCUACGGCGGCGCGGUCGUGCUUCUUGAUGCUCAAGGUCGUGCUGAAGACCAGCGGGGUCCACGUGGUGUUCUCGGGCACCACCCGCAAGGUUCAGGCGCUCCUUCGCUCCCACGGGGUAAUCACUGACGAUGACCCGGUGUUCAACAGCCUCGACACCGCACUGGAGUGGUCCGAGGAGAUGAUGCUGGACGAGCGGAGGGAAGAGAUGCUUCUUCGCGGUGGGGGGGUGACGGCUUCCCCGUCCAUCGGCGGCUCCCUCCUCCGACAAAAACAUCAGCAGGCGUGUUUGGCGGGGACGACUCCCCCCCCCCUCGCCCUGACGACCCAGGCACAAGGCCGACACACGACGGAAGAACCAGCGGGAGGUGGGGGAGGGGUGCCGCCGGCCGGGAGCAAUAACGAGGAGGGAGAGGGGGAACAGGGCCGCCCCGCCGCCGCCGCGCCGGAGGCGGAGGCGGAGGCGGCCGUGUUUCUCGGGGACCACGAGGACUACUACCUCCGCGCCGGAACUCUACGGAGACGAAGCUCGUUUAGCACCCAGAUCUCCGACCGAGGCUUGGACAACCCUCUCGUCGUCGGAGAUGUUGGAUCUCUGCAGUUUAUCCUCGAGGACUACCUCGAAGUUGACCGUUACCAGGCCCCGGAAAGCGUCCGCAGCGUGCUUGGGGAGGCCAAAUCUUUCUUCCGGCGUGAGCACGUGGUGGCCGGAGCUGUGCUGGCUGACUACGGCAGCCCUUCCUCUUCUCCCUCCUCGCCCGAGAAGGUUUACUUCAUCGGGUCCGGUAGCGUGGAACUGCAGAUCCCCGGGGAGUGCGGCCCAAGACGCCUCCAAAAGGUUUGCGCUGGAGGCACCUUUGGCGAGGUGGGGUUUUUCCUCAGGACCCCAGAGGCGUUUCGCGCCGUCGCCAGGGAGCCGUGCCACCUGCACACGCUCGACAGGGCGGGCAUGGUGGCCAUGCAGCACCAAAACCCGGGGCUGUGCAUACUGGUCCAGAAGGCUGUGAUGAAGUCCAUCUGCCUAGCGAAGUCGCUCUCCAUCGAGUCGGCGCACCUUGGACCCGUGGACGACGGCCGAUCGAGGAGACUCGUCAGUAUUGAGGAGGAGAGCUAG